AUGAAAAGCUGUUGGUGCUCGCUUAUGUUUAUACUUUUGUGGAGGCAAAGUAUUGCCGAUACUGAAAAGAAUAAUAAAUACAAUGACAACAGCGUUAUAUAUAGCUCUUCAAUCACGGGACUUUUGGAACUAUUGGAAAUGGAGCAAAAUUUCAUGGAGAAUAUAAAGGCAUACACAAACAAAAUGGCCGAGAAAGUUAAAAACCUGCAAGCAUAUAUCGACUCCAUUGACUUUGAAGUCAAACAAAGCUUAGAAGAUCGUGAGAAAUAUGUCGGUAAUCCAUUGAAUGCUUUUAGUCUUUUGAGACGGACACAUCAAGAUUUACCUAAAUGGCACAAUUACUCACAACAGAUUGUGGGAAUGGAGGAACUGUAUGUCUUAGAAGAAAUCGUAUCUAAGGCCCCGGAUAAAAAGGACAUGGAGUAUUCCUUGCGAGAAAUGCAUCGGCUGGAAAAGAUUUACGAUCUGGAGGCAACGGAUUUAGCAAGAGGUCGGGUACGGAAUAUAGAACACGACAUUAAGCUUACCGUAAGGGAUUGCGUUGCGUUGGGUGAGCACAAAUUGAAAGAGGAUGACUUUCAUCGAGCUUCAAUGUGGUUUCGGAUGGCCAUAAAACACGAUCCCGAGGAAAAUGCAGAGAUAAUAAGCCAUAUUCUCGGAGAUCCCAAGGAUAGAUUGUUUAUGCAGUACGCCAAUUCUAUGAUCAUAUUUGGCAUGAUCAAGUCAAAUCCUUUGCUGACCGUGGCAGAAGCUAAGGAAAUAUCCUACGAAGCCCUGAACAAAUCCACUUUAGAAGAGGUGAAAUAUCUUAUAAAUGAGUUGCUUAGCCAAACUGAUGAGGAAAUAGUGUGGGAAAUGAACGCAAAUAAGACAGCCCCAACGGAAUAUGAAUUGGGAUGCCGUGGACGGUUUCCCAGCCGGAAUAAUCUAGUUUGCAGCUACAAUUUUAACAACUCGGAAUUCCUACGAAUAGCACCCUUAAAACAGGAGGUUAUAAACUUGGAUCCCUACAUUGUAUUAUUUCACAAAGUUAUCGAUAAUGAUGAGAUCGCAAAGCUCAAGCAGAACGCGAAAAUCAACCACCCCGAAAAACCCAUUUUUCGACACAUAGCCGACAUGACCGGCAACAGUUAUCAACUAAAAUAUGACCUAGAAGUAUCCAAUCACGGACCAGAAUCCUACAAUAAAGGGGGCUUAUUUGUAAAGUCUAACCGAACGGGAACAUUACUAUGCUUUCUUGACAAUGUGGAGCAAGGAGGUGCGACGGUAUUUCCAAAAUUGCAAGUAUCUGUGUUUCCGCAAAAGGGCAGCUGUUUGUUUUGGUAUGAUACAUUCGACAAUGGAAGUCCAGAUCCUCGCAUGGAGCCGUUGGAAUGUCCAGUUCUUCAAGGAAAUAAAUGGGUUAUUACAAAUCAUAGCUCGCAAAUAACUGUUGACCGAUUCGUGCGGUCCCCAAAUAACUGUUUUUCUCUGAGACUUUGA